AUGGUGGAAGCCAAUCGGUGUCUCGCUCGGUAUGCGUACUGGUCGGGAGACGCGGCUGCCCACGGCUUGGACGGACCCGGUGGAGGCGACGAGAAGGAACCUGAAGGUGUCGCAAAGCCACUACGGAAAGUGCGCUUAACUCGCUUCGUUGGUGGUGGCGAACUACCGCUAGAACAAGAAGACUCCACGUCGACUUCACCCGGAGUGGUGGCGCAGGCCGAGGAAACUUGGGAUGCUGUGGGAAUAAUGGAGAGAUUCUCCAUAGAUGCAGUAAGACGUACCGGAUUAUCGUCUGAGAAGAAAACCGUAGUGUCGACAGUCGCAGCUACACUAGUCUGA